AUGCCUCGCCAUCUCGCCAGCGGGGACGCCAUGCACGAUGCAGACUACAUCCCCGACGCGUCGCUCCCGCACAUGUCUGCAGCCCCAGACCUGCCCAACACCGACCACAUCACCAUUAAGAACCACUUUCCUGUCGCGCGCAUAAAGCGCAUCAUGCAGGCAGAUGACGACGUCGGAAAGGUCGCCCAGGUCACACCCGUUGUUGUUUCAAAAGCCCUCGAGCUCUUCAUGAUCUCUCUCGUCACAAAGGCUGCCGCCGAGGCAAAGUCGCGCAACUCGAAGCGCGUCGGCUCCAUCCACCUGAAGCAGGCAAUUACCAAGACAGACCGCUUCGACUUCCUUAACGAGAUUGUCUCAAAAGUCGCCGAUGCGCCCGACAAGAGCGAGGCUGACAACAUGGAAGUCGACGGCAAGAAGAAGAAGAUGUCGAGCCGGAAAAAGAAAAAGGCCGACAGCGACGACGACUUUUGA